AUGUUACCAUCUGGUGACGAUGCGCCUCCCUCUGCCCAGCUGCAGCAGCCCCUGAGCAUCGCCAUCCUUCUAAACUCGUACCGUUCAAAGCUUCUGCCCGCCAUUCAGGCGUCGUACGUCCGGGCCAUCGGCGCCGUCGCCCCCGAUGCGAAGCUGGUCUUCUUCGAGCCCGCAAACAAGGGUAUCCUACCCGACCCGGAAUUGUUCGACCUGAUUGUCCUGGGAGGUGCCAAUGUAGAUGCCCGGAAGACGCACCCCUGGAUCAGGAAAGUGCACGAGUUUGUGCGUCAUGUUGUCGUGAGUUACCCAGAGAAGAAAAUACUGGGGAUUUGCUGGGGUCAUCAGACCAUUUCCAUCGUGUUUGGGGGCGAGGUCGUGGACAUGGACGUGCCCGAGAUGGGUGUGACCUGCGUCAACCUAACAGAUAAGGGGCGCAGCUUUUUCCGCCACACCUCAUCAUCAACCGGCAUGGUCCGGAUCCAGCAGCAUCAUCGGCGCGAGGUCGCCAGAGCACCAGAACCUUUUGUACAACUUGCACAAGGGAAUCAAGUGCUAAUGCAUGAAAAUGGCAACAUCUUAACUUUGCAGGGCCACCCCGAGAAAGACGCCCAGACAGCAAGGCUGCGGAUGCACGACACCACGAGGUGGUUUGGAUUUGAUUCGGUCGACGAGAAGGCCUGGAGUAAGUUGGAGACGCAGAUCGGUAUGGAGCACGACGGUGCCUUUCUGUGGAGCCGUAUUUUGGAUUGGGUGAGGGAGCCUGGACAUGCACCUGCCAGCCCGAGAGCCGGACGAUGGCUCAAAAUGUGA